AUGAUUCGUAGACUAGAGUUCAACCAAGGGAGUGGUUUUGAUUUGAUUCUUAUCCCUAGUUCUGAUUACGAAAGAAGAUUUGCAGAAAUCGAAGCCUUCUUGAAGACUACAACCAAAAUGAUGCAUGUUCAGGUUGAAGUUGUAGAUCGAAAGAUUGAAAAUGAGAUUACAGGUCUGAAAACUGAAUUAGGUCCACUUACCUUUGAUUUGGAAAGUAUUGACCUAGAUAAUCCCACAUUAAUACUGAAUCCAACCACAUGGACACAGGUAGCUAACAUCAUAUUCGUAGAUAUACCCGCUGGUACUGGCUUUUCCUAUGCAAAAACAAAAGAUGGAUGGAUUAGCAGCGACACUAUCUUGGCUAAUCAAGCGAGUCAGUUUAUAAAAAAGUUCCUCCUUGAUCAUCCCAAGUUUUUUAAGAAUCCACUAUACAUAGCAGGGAUUUCUUAUAUUGGUAUUGUUGUUCCCAAAAUUGCUUUAGAUUUAUAUGAAGGUAAUGAACGUGGGGAUCAACCAUCAUUGAAUAUUCAAGGGUACAUUCUUAUGAGUCCUCUCACCGAUAAGUUCAAGGAUUUUAAUUCAAGACUUGAAUAUACUCAUCGUAUGGCACUUAUAUCAGAUGAUAUUUAUAAGUCUGCAAUAAAAAAUUGUUAUGGAAACUAUGUCAGCAUUGAUACAACCAACUCAUUAUGUGCAAAAAGUCUUCACCAAUAUGAAGAGUGCACAAGUCGUAUUCAAAUGGAUAACAUCUUGGAACCGUUUUGUAAUGAAAAUGACGAAAUGUCAAGUUGUGAAAGUGAUUUUGAUAAGGCUGUAGGCGUUUGGGCGAACAAAAAGGAUAUACAACAAGCUCUCAAUAUUCGCCAAGGAAAAACUGGAAUAUUCGAAUUGAUCAAUAGUACAUUGCAUUACAAUCAAGGAAAGAACGACACAUUUUGUUAUUCUUAUGAUAUUUUUAGUAGUUUUCUCUACCAUAAGAAAUUAUCUUGUAAAAAUUGUCAAAGCCUGAUCAUGAGCGGCGACCAUGAUAUGACAUUUCCUUAUGUUGGCGUUGAACAAUGGAUUGCUUCUCUCAAUCUUGGUGUGGAAAUUCCAUGGAAGCCUUUCUAUGUUAAUGGUCAAGUUGGAGGAUAUAAAACAAAAUAUGUACAAAAUGAUUACUCGUUGACAUAUGCCACAGUUAAAGGAGCAGGACAUUUAGUUCCAUAUAACAAGCCAAGAGAAACUUUUUCAUUACUGGAGAUGUGGCUCUCUUCAAAAUUUUAUUUAAGUGAUUCUUAAGUUAAAAAGGGUGGGUAUUAUGUGAUGC